AACAUCCCUCACUGGGAUCCCUCAGUCUUCUGCUGCCUUCCCAAACACAUGUCCCUCCUCCGGUCACUUUCAAAGCAGGAGUUCCUACGAAGGAUUUGAUAUAAAAGUUACUGAGCCAGUUUUUUUUAAAUAUUUUCUUACACCAGCUUUUCUGUCGGACAACAUGUGCACUGGGAAAUGUUCCCGCUGCGUUGCGGUUACUCUGUACCCGUUGGCGCUCAUAUCCAUCAUCUGUAACAUUGUGUUGUUCUUUCCUGAUGGGGAUGUCAAGUACGCCCAAGAUGGACAUAUCACCGAGGAGGUGAAGUACAUGGGGGGACUCGUUGGAGGGGGUUUGAUGGUGCUGCUGCCAGCUCUUUACAUCCACCUGACGGGGUCACAGGGCUGCUGUGCGAAUCGCUGUGGGAUGUUCUUAUCUAUCGCGUUCGCUGCAGUUGGUGUGGCCGGUGCCCUGUACAGCUUCAUUGUGGCCGUGCUCGGCCUGCAGAACGGGCCCCUCUGCAAAGUCCUGCUGGUUUGGGCGACACCGUUUAAAAACAGUGACCCGAGUUACCUGACUGAUCACACGUGGUGGGGUACAUGCACAGCGCCCAACAACAUUGUGGAGUUCAACAUUGGAUUGUUCGCCACUCUGCUGGCCACCAGCGCCCUGCAGCUCAUUCUCUGUGCCGCCCAGAUGAUCAAUGGGCUCUUAGGCUGCCUGUGUGGAACCUGCAUCGACAAAGGGCCACUGUGAGUUCCUGACAGUCAAGUGGCGCCACCUGCUGGAGGGCUGAGGAUAGUCCUCCCUGGCUGCAUCUGCUUAAAAUACUCGUAGAAAUUGUAGUUAUUUCUAUGACACCUUUUUAUAUUUUUGUGUAUUUUGUGCAUCCACUGUUAAUUUAACCAAUAUAGAAAUCCGAAAUGUACAUCAAUGUAUUAUGGUAUUUUGUGAAAAUUAAAAUUUUCUAAUCCA